UCAGCUUACGGUUCGUUAAGCCAAAUAAGGACAUUAAUUUCAGUCUAACAAGAACCUCACCAAUUAUCAACUCAAUCAGGGUGUGGUGAUUUUGUUGUUUUAAAGCAUAGUUUCAGUUAUAUAUUCAUUUAUAACCUUCGACAUUAUGGGGAAAGUCAGUAUUUGGAAUCAAUCUUGCAUUGCUUGGCUAAAUGAACAUUAAACUGGCCACCAGUUUUGUGCUGGGGUUUGUGGGCCUCACGGAAACACUUGGGCGCUGAAGGAAGGCAAGAAAGACCUACAGAAUUUGUAGACAGUUUUGUGGUAGUUGCUCCUGAAUAAUUAGUUGUUUUUUCCUGGUAACCGAGCAAAGCUCACCUUUUUGGGCAAUGAAUCAUUCUUUCCAGGACACUGGGUCUCGUGGCGUUUAUGAAGAUGGAAAGCUUUAUGUUGUGGAUUCCAUAAAUGACUUAAACAAACUAAACCUCUAUCCUGCCGGAUCACAGCAUCUGUUCCCUCUAGAAGAGAAAACCCCAGACCUUGGCACACGCUCAGGAAAUGGGAGGCGGAGUCUGUUCUUUAUGGGGCUGCUAAUUGCACUGAUUGUCAGCUUGGCACUGGUUUUCUUCGUGAUAUUUCUAAUAAUUCAAACUGGAAACAAGAUGGAUGAUGUGUCGAGAAGACUAACAGCUGAGGGAAAGGACAUAGAUGAUCUUAAGAAAAUCAACAACAUGAUCAUAAAGCGACUCAACCAACUGGACUUGGAGAAGAACUAGAGAACUGAUCUUCCAAGAGCAAUCUGCUAACACCUGGAGCCCCUCACUUUCCUGGGGUGCACUGGGUCAAGGGCUAAAAAGUGCCCUGCAUUUAGGCAAUGGAUUGAUUAUCUGAUCAGUAAAAACAGCCUGGUCAGGGAGGUGAGCAGCUCCUAGGCAAGUUUGGAGUUAGCUGGAAAGGGGUGCAUGGGAUCCAGUCUCAUUUUCUGGUAGGAUGCUUCAGCUUUAAUGUGGUUAGGGUGGUUGGCUAGCACGCAGGAGAAUCAGCAAAGUACACACAACUUCUCUUUUAAGAGGAGUUUGGUCUAGAACCGGUUCACUGCCAGUGAAAGUUCAUGAUGCCUCACACACUGGUGCAGAUUCCUGUGCAAGCCUAAGAAAUUCAGUUACCUAUGCCGAAGGGAACCAGGUGAUGGCUCUUUUCAACAAAAGACAUUCUUCUGCUUAGGUAAUUAGACUUUGACUCUAUUUCCCCAGGGUCAGUGAUGGGCAGGCUUCAGAGCUGGUUGCUGUCUGGUGAUUGCUGGUGGCAACAUGGGUAGGAGUUAUGUGUGUAUGGUGGGGUCGGAAAUCAACAGAGAAAGCCUAAUUGAUGUUUCCUGAGUUCCUACUCUGUGCAAAUCAUGCUACUCCAGAGCCACUCAUAUUCAUGUGGAACUAGGGAGAUGUAAAGUUAUAUAGAAUUACAUAAGCCAUAUUUACUUUGUUUCUCAUGAAAAAAGAAACCCCUCAGCACUCUGCUCAUUAAUUUGGAAGAAAUCUGAUAAAUUUGUGGCCUUUGCUAAACUACAGUAGGAAAUUGUGUACUUGGAAUAUUUGGAAACUGUCUUCUUAUAGCAAAAUAAGGUACAUGGUAUCUGACAUAAGAGAGGGCAUGAAAUUAAUGAUUUUUAAAAGCAUGAGUCUUAGAUAAUUUUUAUUUAAUAUAAAUACUUUGUGUGAGUCAAUUGAAAAAUGUAUUGCAAUUCUGUCAUUUUAGGUUGCUGAAAAAUUUGUUUACUUACCCAUUUUUGCACUCAAAAACAUUUGUACUGCGUAUGCUCUUUUUCUUAAAAUUAAUAGGUACCAUGCAGAACAUUUUUAAAACCUAAAAUUUGUAUUUCCUAAACAACUCUUAUUGACCUGUUGAUAGGGUGUGGAAAAAGUCAUUUGUUAUCAGUUGUGAAACUGUUUUAGGAAUCACUGGAGAUCUGAUACAAUAACUCUUAAAAAUACUUAUACUUCUUGUUUGCUCGUAUGCCCUUUUUCCUUUCUGUUUACACAGUGUUCGUAUAUUAUGUUCAGUAAUAAAUGAUCAUUUAAAAAUGUUUUGCAGCACUAGGGAUUGGUCCUGGGGAGUAUUCUACCACUGAGCUACAUUCCCAGCCCUUUUUAUUUUUUAAGAUGGGGGUCUCAGUAAAUCACUGUGGCUGGCCUCAAACUUGUGUUCCUCCUGCCUUAGCCUCCCAAGUAACUGGGAUUAUAGGCAUGUACCACCAUCCCUAACCAUAAAUGAUCCUUAUUCCAAAAAAUUCAUGAUUUUAACAAAAUGAAGUAGUGGAUAAAUAAUUUUGUCCAUCUUUUUGGAUCUUUACUGUCCUGCUGGAUUGCAUGGUGACAUCUCUGACCCUCACAGUCUUGGAAACUUCAUCACCACUCCUGGUAUUUGAAAUCACAAAUUGACUUCGGCUGAACAUCAAGUAUUGGGUGGCUACAUGUAGUCUUUUUUUUAAGACAAUAUUUUAUUUUUCAAGUCUAUGUGCAUACCAUUUUCAAAUCAUACAACCAAGUUUACAAGUCACAAAAAAAAUAAUUUGACUUGGCAAGUUUAUAGGCUCUCAUUUUCUUACUGAAGUAGAAAUUUACUACGAGUUGUUGCUAUAGAUGAAAAUAACUAUAUAUGAGAUUUCCUGAGAGUACUCUGAUGAAAUUUUAUUCUAUUCAUUUUAUCUUUUUAAAACAACAAUGGAAAGUGACUGCCUCUUAUACUGCUAUUGUUUACAGAGUGCCCCAAACUGGUUGGAAUAGUUUUUCUUCCACUGAAUUAAUUUUGUCAAGAAGUGAUUUUUAGCAUUUUUAGAAGUCACAUAGACAUAACCAUAUUAUAGGUCAGUGUUGAAACAUCCCAAUCAUCUCAUCAACUUUCAUGAUGGAACAACUGUGGCUGGUACAUUUCUGGUAGGUGUGAUUAGAAGGGCUGUGACCCCUCUGGAAAGUCCUCCUACUACACUCAUCUUGUCAUAAGCUGUUAUGCAAUAUAGUUCUUUCUCUAAAAAAUCACUGGAACAAAGAGUUUCUUCUUUAAACAGUUCUCUUAGAUAGGAUAUGUGAAGUCAUUGACUAGUAAAAUAACAAUAAUACUGGGAAUUCAUAGGCAGUGGUCUAGUCCUAAAUUUGCAAGAUGGCUAUAUAAUUUGAGCAAAUAAAAAUUUCUUUGGGUCCUUGUUUGCCUGAGAAAA